GCUCAAGUACGAUUUGAACGAUGGCUGCUCCGCAGAUUGCCACAGAGGUUAUUACGCACGAGCCUUGGGAGUUCAACUCUCGCAGGUCGGUAGUGUAUAGUCGGAAGGCUAUGGUGGCUGCCACCCAGCCUCUAGCUGUACAAGCCGGACUCGGCAUUUUGGCGAGAGGAGGAAACGCUGCAGAUGCAGCUGUUGCGGUAGCGGCAUGCAUGAAUGUAACAGAGCCAACUUCUACGGGCAUUGGCGGUGAUUGCUUCUGCUUAUAUUAUGACGCGAAAACAAAAGCCGUAAAAGGGCUGAAUGGUUCGGGUCGUGCCCCGGUGGGUCUAACACUCGAGCUAGUUAAAAACAAAGGCAUUAAGGAUGUUAUCCCUCCUACCCAUCCUUUCGCCGUCACUGUUCCAGGCGCGGCAGCUGGGUGGAUAGAUACAAUAGAUCUCUUUGGUUCCGGGAAACUCACAAUGUCGGAUAUUCUCGAACCAGCAAUAUCGCUAGCCGACAAUGGGUUUCCGGUGUCGGAUGUGGCGGCUCAUCUGUGGAGCACAUCAGAAAAGAAGCUUAAAACCGCGUCUCCAAAUGGUGGGGAGCUAUUGCUGAAUGGAAAAGCUCCUCGAGAAGGAGACCUUAUGAGACUACCAGAGUUGGCCGAAACUUUUCGACAGUUGGCCACGGUUGGUAAAAGCGGUUUCUAUUCGGGUCGCAUUGCAGAGUCUCUUGUGGAAGCGGUACAAGCGGCCGGUGGUGUGCUAACCCUUGAGGACCUUGAGCAACACACAAGUACUCCAACAGACCCUAUUUCGAUAGACUACCAAGGCGUGACAGUUCAUGAGCAUCCGCCCAACGGGCAAGGGAUUGUUGCCCUUUUGGCUUUGGGUAUCAUCGACGCCUUGGAAAGGAAAGGGCGGAUCAAGAACCUUUCUCAUUUGCGCCACAACUCUGCUGAAUAUCUCCACAUUGUCAUUGAAGCUUUACGAAUGGGCUUCGCUGAUGGGCAAUUCCAUGUGGCGGAUCCAGAUGUUACGUCGGUUCCUGUCGAAGGGCUUCUGAGAAAGGAAUAUCUGGAAGAGCGUUCUCUCAUCUUUGAUCCUACCAAGGCAGCUGUAGAUGUGAAGCACGGAUCACCAAAACAUUCUUCAGAUACUGUGUACUUCUCCGUUGUCGAUGAGGAGGGAAAUGCCUGCAGUUUCAUUAACUCACUAUAUUACUCCUGCGGAACGGGAAUUGUUGGUAAAGGGACUGGGGUGGCUCUCCAAAGUCGCGGCUGUGGAUUUUCCCUGGAUCCGGCAUCCGCAAAUGUCGUGGCACCUGGUAAAAGGCCAUAUCAUACCAUCAUUCCAGCGAUGGUUACCAUGCCAGGGACGCAGGAACUUCUCUACUGCUAUGGGGUUAUGGGUGGCUUUAUGCAACCCCAAGGACACGUGCAAGUUCUCUUGAACCUUCUUCAUCACAAAAUGAGCCCUCAGAGUGCAUUGGAUGCGCGAAGGAUCUGUAUCGCACCAGAAAAUGGGUUUGUUUUCAUUGAGGAAGGCAUCGAUGAUGACGUUGUAGAGCAACUGAAACACAUGGGACAUAAUGUAAAGGUGCUUUCUGGCCGUGAGAGGGCCAUGUUUGGACGAGGGCAGAUUAUAGAACGAAGAUUGAAUAAAAUGUGGGCUGGGGGAUCGGAUCCUAGAGGUGAUGGGUGCGCGGCACCAUUAAUUUGACGCAAGGACAUUGGCAAUUGGUUCUUUGAAAUUAUCUUUUACUAGCUAGAUUGUCGUAGUUAGUCGUCCAGUAAAAGUAUCUCAAGUGAGGUGAGCAUAGCUCGAUCAAUAACGAGCACGAUAUUUUGUACCAAUGAUGCUCCUACUAUACAAAUUGCACAAGAAAUUCAAAAUAUCUGAACAAAUUCAGCCAAUAACUACCAACUGUUCUUGGCACGA